UUAGUUUAACAGAGAAAUGAAGCGGUCGGUUAUACCGAUAGUGAAAUAAUCAUCGUACUCAAUGACAAUAAACGUUUUUAAUAUAGAAAAAAAAGACAAACAAAAUUGGAAAAAUAAUCGGUUUUUAUUUCAGUUUGCGUGCUGUUUAUAUUUAUUAUAGGUUUCAGAUAGUACUUGCACUUUCAUGUAUGCGUAUAUACGACAAAGUACAAUUGUCUCACAAAACUCCAAUAGAAAAUAAUUAUCAAGCGACAACAUAUAGUUACCGGUUUAUUUAAUAAUAAACACCGUAUAGUGAUGGAAAAUGAUAACACGAGCGAUAAUGCAGUUGCAAAGCGUAUUUUUAACAUAGUACAACAUACAUUGGAAUUUCUUAUUGUUCUGAUACGAAUCAUUUUGGAAUUAUGUUUCGCUUUAGUACAACUAUUUAUGCCUAGAAAGCUUAAAGACGUUAGCAAUGAAAUUGUGUUGAUUACAGGAACUGGUCAUGGUAUUGGUAGAGAAUUGGCCCUGCACUAUGCCGCCCUUGGCAGUACUGUAAUAUGUAUCGAUAUUAAUGAGAAAAAUAAUGAUGAAACAGUUAAGAAAGCCAAACGUCUGAAAAACGCGGGCUCUGUGUACAGCUACACCUGUGAUGUUACUGACCGUAACGCUGUUUUAAAGUUAGCUGAUCGAAUCAAAGACGAAAUUGGUUUAGUAUCUGUGCUGGUGAAUAAUGUAGGAAUUAUGCCAACCCAUCCUUUCGACCAACAGACUGCAGAUGAAAUUAGGCAGGUUUUCGAAAUAAAUGUUUUUUCCCAAUUUUGGACUUUACAAGCUUUCUUACCACAUAUGAAACAACAAAAUCGUGGCCACAUUAUAGCCAUGAGCUCUAUUGCUGGUCUGGUGGGAAAUGCAAACGUCGUACCUUAUUGCGCCUCUAAGUUCGCUGUUCGUGGUCUUAUGGAAGCGUUACAUGAGGAAAUGCGAACAGGUCCUUAUAAUGAACAUAUUACGGGUUCCAUUAUCUAUCCGUAUAUGACUAAUACUGGACUCUGCAAGAAGCCGAUAAUAAAAUUUCCUUCGAUAUUGGGUUUAUUAGACCCAAAAGUAGUUGCUAAACACAUCGUCGAAGGUCAUCGCGCCAACAUCACUGAAAUCACCAUCCCGAGUAGCCUUUUUUAUAUCAACAAUUGGUGCCGUAUUUUGCCAAUAAAAUGCGCCCUGUUGUUGAAAGAUUUCAUUGGUGGGGGUUUGGGAUCGGAUCUAUAAAAGCAACGAGCAUUAACAUGCACUUAGUCUAGCUGUACUUGAUAUAUACGAUAGCUUUGAAGGUUAAUUUUUUUUAUAAUUUUAUGUAAAAUUCAAAUAUAAAAAAAUAAAGAAUCAUUGAAAAGGUGA